AUGGUAAGUAUCUUUCAUUUCCAAGAAAAAAAAAACGUUUUUCCUUUCGCAGGAAUCCUUUGCCUCGUCAGACAAGCUCUUCGAGAGCCGCGAAUUUGUCAAAGGACUCUCCGAAUUGAAGAAACGUCGUGAAGGCGGAGAAGAAUCGUGCGACCUGCUCUGGAGACAGUGCCGCUUUUGCCACGAGUUGUCAACGACAAUGAGCGGAGAGGAACGACGCCAAAUUCUGCUUGAAGGUCGCGACUACGGACUGCAGGCGAUGGAGCUCGACCCGUCUUGUUUCGAUGCCGCCAAGUGGGCUUCCAUUGUGUUCGGACUUGUCGUCGAUCAGCUUCCAACUAAGGAGAAGAUCAACGAGGGCGGCAAACUUAAGGACAUGCUCGACAAGGCUCUGCAGCUCGACCCGACCGACUUCGCCCUUCUUCACCUUCGCGCCCGGUUCUCAUUCACCAUCGCCAACUUGUCUUGGAUCGAGAGAAAGGUGAACUGUUUCUAUGAAUUCUCGUGACUAAUAGUGUUUCUAGGCCGCUUCCGUUCUCUAUAACGAGGUGCCGAAAGCAACGAUCGACGACGCGCGGGCUGACUUCGAAGCCGCCUAUGAGCAGCGCGCCGACUGGAUUGAGAACAUGCUGUUCUUGUCGAAAUGCCACAUUGCGAAGAAGGACAAAAAGAAGGCGCGCGAAUUGCUCAGCAAAGCCGUCGAGCUCCCAAUGGAGACGCCGAACGACGAGGAGCUUCUCAAGGAGUGCAAGGCCCUUCUCCAGAAGUGCUAA